GCUCUGAAGGUGCUGAGGAGUUCAGACUUGAAGCCUUACAUCAUCUUCAUAGCUCCGCCCUCCCAGGAACGACUUCGAGCUUUAUUGGCUAAAGAAAACAAGAACCCCAAGCCCGAGGAGCUGCGUGACAUCAUCGAGAAGGCGCGUGAGAUGGAGAAGGGCUGCGGUCACCUGUUCGACUCCAUCAUCGUGAACACGGAUCAGGACAAAGCUUUCACCGAGCUGCUGAGACUCAUCAACAAGCUGGACACGGAGCCGCAGUGGGUGCCAUGCUCCUGGCUGCGCUGAACGCGCACACAAACACACACACGGCGCUCCGGGUCGGCGUCAGGACAGAAAUCAUCUGAGAUUUUGAAUCAAACUGGAUCAUAACUGUUCGUGUUUGUUAUUAAGGGCAGAACGAGUCCUGCUGAGCAACAAUAAAAACAAUAAAAUCAUAAUCGACUAACGAGACGGAGUAACGUCACAACGAGCUCAAAUUAUUUCUGUUAUCUUAGUGGGAACAUGAGCAAUCUGGUCUCUGACCAAUAAAAACCCAUCUCAGCAUCAGCAUUAAGCUCCUCCUCCCCGCAGCCCCUCAGUGUACCAGCAGGGGGCAGGCCUCACAGCCUGUAGUGUCGCUGCCGCUCGAUUGGUUCACAUUUCAGCGUGUUUCUGUCUUCGCUCGUGGUCACGUGCAGACGGAGUUGUUCACUCACAUUUUCGGAGAUGCAGAGCUCUAUGCCCCGCCCCACUGAGGCAUUCUUGGAUACCUGAGAGCGAGCAGGCUCGGAGCAGCGAGUUUAAAAUCCUUUUUUUUUUUUUCUUCUUUUUUCUUUUCACGACACAAACGUAAACUUUUGACCUUUGACCUUCUGCUCAUUUCUCGUUUUUAAACGUUUUGCUGGAAUAUUUAUUGUGUAAAUCGACACUGAUGUCGCUGCAUUAAAAACUUUAUUUUGGAAAGAUUCUGAACGUCUUUCCAGCUUUAUUCUGAAAGUCUCAGAUGUUUGUUUCCUGUCGCUGACUCUGAAUCAGUUUAUGAACACACUCUGACGUCAGACUGUUUCGGGAUGUUGUGUUUUUCUUGGAGUCGUGUUCGUGUUGGACCUCGCCGCUGUCGGUGCCACCUCGUCAUCAUUUCGUUUGUUUUUAAUGUUUGUUUUCAUUUGUUGUAAACACACUCACCUGUCCAGGUGAGGCUCCUCAGGAGGAAAUGUGAAGCUCAAACACUUUGGCUGCUGACUCCGCCCCCUCGGCCGGGCUGAGAGCGCAGACUUCCUGUCUGACUGACUUUUACUGCACUUGUGAUUGUUUUUGUAUCAGCUGAUUCUGUUUGACCUUUGACCCGGCGGCCUGCAGGUGUGUGUGUGUGUGACUCUGAGCUGAAGUAGAGACUCUGUAUCAUCACUGUAGAGCUCUUAUAUAUUUGUAAUAUUCAAAAUAGAUUUAUGAAGACCAGAAUGCACCAAUAGGAGUGCAGCUUUCUCGCCCUCACCCCCUGCUAUUGGUCCAGGAGGAAGAACAAAAGGAGGGGGCGGGGCUAGCUGUACUGAAUGUAAUUGAUUCCACUUCCUGUUUCUCACUUCCUCCUGAGAGAACUUUUUGUAUCAAUAUUCACCACAAAGACACGAAUAAUGAAUAAAAUAGAUCAUCAAUAGAAAA